GCACGCUCGGCUAUUGGUCAGCUGGUAGCACGCACUAGAUUGCGGAGGCUCUGCGUUGCUUUGCCAGUGAACGCACAACGCAGCCUGCGCUAUGAGGAGACACGGAGGUGUAGCGUGACGCUCACUUUAACGGAGCACAUGAAACGUACAUGGGAUUAAUAGCUUACUCUACAAAUCUACGAUGCUCUGUAUUCGGAUAUGCUGUCUUAAAACGACGCGGUGACAUGGAUAUCAUCAUUUCUAAACAGUCCAAAAUCCUCAUGAAGGUUAAAGCCCAAAUCCUUCAGCCCAGCAGCAUCUUCACAACCUACAGCUGGAAUUGUGUGAUUCGUGACAUCGCAUCAGCAUGAGGGAAAUGACUGGCACGGUGUAAAGCAUCUGAUAUUAUUGCCCCAAGAAGAAUGCUGCAACAGAACAACAACAAUAACUGCUUGGAAAUGGCCCAUCGGGAGCUACUGAAUGAAUGCCGAAGAACUAAUGUCUCAUUGACCAGUGCCCUUGAGUUUGGAGCCAUACCCCUGAUUAAAGGCCUGAGAGCGUGGGCUGUGAGUGGUGGCUACUCUAAAGCCAGGAGAAAGGCUGCUAAUGGAUCUCGGGCACAGAGCACAUGCCAACAGCCUCCUGAAGACAGGGUGGGGCAGAGAAGCUGGUCAGGUCAGGUUAGCAGUGGCUAUGGGCACACAUUGGACAGUACGAAUAGUGCUGCGAGAACUUCAGGGGUCAGGCAAGGCGGUCUUGGUGCUCUUGUAACUGUGGCCACUUUGAAAGGCACCGAGGGGGGUGGCAGGCAGACUCAGACUCGCUGCCUCUUUCUCAAGGCCCAGGGACGAGGCAGCUACAUCUGUGCUGUUGGAAACCGAGGGGCUGGAGCGAGAGUCACAGGUCCACGGACUCACACUGUCAUUCUUGAGGGGACAAAAGAAGAGCUUAUAUGUUCCUCUAGGGGGCAGAGGGUGAGCCAGGAUGGGACAGACGAAGGAGGAUUAUUCAAGGCCAAGCCCAGGGCCAUAAGAAAAUGGAGGAAGUGCAGUAAAACAACAGGCUCAGCGGAGAGAAGAACAACAGCUCACGGCAAAAAGGAAAUCGCCAAUCAGCACUGUGAGCCGGAACAUGGAGACCAAAAAAAUGCAGUUAUUACAGACACCCAGCCACUUAACGUAGCACCAGGUACAACAAUAACACAAUGUCAGAAAGGUACCAGUGCUAGCUAUCCAAGUCAGGAAGAUAUCAAUGAGUUGGGCAAAGACAAAAGGGCUCAUUCCCCCGUAUCGAUGAAAACUGUUGCACCCGAGAGCAUGGACCCACAAACCUGCUGCUCUUCUGCCAAACCAUGUGCCAAACCAGGUGAGCAGGUCGAAGCUGAUAUGAGUAUUAAUCAAUCCGAUAACUGUUCUGAAAUAGAUGAAGGAUCCAGUUGUGCCAAUGGUGAUGCACAAGGAGACCCUAAGGUUAGUAAAUGUGACCUUGAAUCAAAUGAUCACCAGAACAUUCAUAACUUUGUUGCUGAUGUGUCAAACCUAGGAUCACCUGUAGCAUCUGAGGCUGCUCAUACUAACUUCGAACGUCUAGAAAUAAAAUCAACCACAACAAACUGUAAUAAUGAGCCAAGCAUAGAUCAUUCUCCCAUUAAAACUCCCUCUGAAGUCCCUUUCAGCAUUGAGAAGAAUCAAGAAUCCAGGCCAGAUGAGCGCCUAAUGGACCGCGAGAAUCUACAUUCGGUGGAGAAUCGCAAUCUCACAACUCAGAGAGACGGACCUCCAGAAACAAAGAGUACAGUCAUGUCGGAGGGCCGCACUCCAGUGGGUGUUGAAUGUAGCACUACGCAGAAGAAGUGGAGGCCGUCCAUGUGCUCACCUCAGCAUUGGGAGGAAUUAAUCACAGAGCAUGGGGAACUUGAAGUUCAGCAGUCUGACAAAUCCUCUUCACGAGGCUUUAGCACACCAACAACCAAUAUAACUCUAACCACUAUUCACUCCCAGCCUAAUCCUGCCCCUACCACCAUUGCAGCCAUAGCAACAGCCAUCCCAGCAUUAAGCAAUGGGGAGGUGGGGGCUAGAGGUGGAGACUCGCUGCCUCUGGUGAACUCAGAGUUGCUAUCAGAGCUGGCAAGAGUUGACGACAGGGACAAGGUGGCCACUGACGAGGGGUCUCUUGAUGUGGGCGAUGAGGAUGAGUUUGGGGCUUUCAUGCAGGCAGGUGGGAUGGACGGGUUCAGUGACGUCCAACAGUUGGCUGCGGGAGAGGAUUACAACUGUGAGGGAUGCGCAAGUUCCACUAAUGCAAAUGAACCUGCAUCCUGGGCAUCUGAUUGGACGGCAGACCAGUCAUUCCAGCAGUCAGAGAGCACAUGGAUUGCCUUCAGCCAGGAGACUGUGGAGCAGAAGACAGUGCCUGGUGGCCAGUGGUGGCCUUCAACCGAAAAGCCAAACCUUUCCCUCUCUCCUCUCUAUUAUGUGUCAAAUGUCUUUCUAGAGGCCUUUCCCUCUGACGAGUCUCCCUGUGAAGAUCCUGAAUACAUUCCUACACUAAAGCAGCUUCUGCAAGGACCAGCUGAAAACAGCAAUAUAGGGGAGCACAAGGAACAGAGCUUCCUUGAUGGCCUCCAGGAUCUGGACCGGAUGAUUGGUGUGAAAUAUAAGAGGGCGGAGUCUGUGUCCUGUAAACUUCUCCUUCAGUCACUGCGUUUGGAGCGUCCCAGCUCUGAAUGUGUGACAGUUCGACUGAAGACCAGUUCCAGGUUUUCUCCAAAUCUCCCAACAUCCAACCAGCAGUUAGCUGCAAAUGCUAAGAGAAGACUGUCAUAUGACUUCAACAGAAAUAUCAAGACUUAGUCUCUAUAUCUGCUGAAACAUCUUUGACCCAUGCUUCCUUGGAAAAAGGAAAUUCAGCGGAGAGGAAUAAUACGUGUUGAAAAACUGAAUUUCCCUGGAUUGACUUCUAUUCUAUGUUUAUUUAAAAUGUAUUUCUUCUUUCAAUGUCUGUUCUCACUCAGUGUCUGGUAGAUUCUGUUUCUCAUUCAGCUGUGUAUCCAGAAACACAAGACUUGCGUUCAACCAAAUAUAUGUUUUUCAGUAUGUCAGCAUAUUAGGGUUCAAUUAGGACAAAUAUACUCAAAUGUCAAGUAAAAAAAACAAAAACCUUUGUCUGAUUGUUUAGUUCAGGUGUAAGGAGACUUGUGCAGCAUUGAGUCUGAUUAUUGGACCUAUUUUUAUCAAAUAUUACAGUAUGCUGUUUUUGUAUUGCUUUCAAUCUAUGGAUUACAUUUGCUAGAAUAAGAUUAUUUAGCUGGAGCCAUGGCGAACCUGUAGAUUCAUAUAUGGCCUUUCAUGUCGGCAAAAAGAAAUGAAAAAAAUUAAAUAAACAAAAAAUAUAUAUAUUUUGAUGGGGGGAGAGAGAAUAUUACAAUUACUCUCUGCCCCCAAAAAGCUCUCCUUCACCUGAAAAUUGUCAAAAGCUAGCAAAUUUCCACAAAAUGUAUUUUCAUACACCACCUCACAGAGAAAUCCAUUUUCUUGUUUCCAUGUCUUUUCUCCCUGUGAUUGAAGUACUAAAUAUGACACUGUAGUGUACCAUUUUUAACUCCUGAAGAAUAGAGACCAUAUUUUCAGAAGUGUUUUAAAAUGAAUGUUAACAUUUUAAAUUGAACCUGUAAGCUUGUUUGUUGAUUGAUGUAAUUAAAACACCUUUAAUGACUGAA